CACUCAGCGGUGAUCCAUCCUCACGCCGCAGCCUUCCUCCUCCUCUUCUCCGUCGCCAACCAUCACCAACACAACAUCCAAAAUGAGCCGCACCAUCUGCCCCACCCUGGUGAUGCUUGCUGCCCUCCUGGCUCUCACUGCCGCCCAGGGCUUCUACACCCAGCGUUACGGCAAACGAAGUGACACAGGCGAGGUAACAGUACGGUCAGGUUUCUACGCCAACCGCAACGGACGCUCUUCACCAUCCCAGGGUCUACCUGAAAUUAAGAUCCGCUCCUCCCGGUUUAUCGGAGGCUCCAGGUAUGGUAAGAGGUCUGGCCCCGCCCCUGCAGCAGAGCCUGAGUUCACCCCAGUCAUGAAUGGUGAAGCUGACGACAGUGACAUGCCCGCGACGCUCCUUGUGGGUGACUCCGUUAUCUGUCUCCUGGUCGACGUACCUGACAUCUACCGCUGCGUCAGCAGGAAAUCCACAACUGAUGAAGCGUCUAACUGAAGCACCGACACCCGCCUUCGUAUCUGUGAGGGAAGGGACGGGGACGCCCUAUAAGAUGUAGAGACCACACACACACACACCAGCAGCGAGAACACAAACGGUGAACAAAAGCACAGAAUAAUGACAACAUAGAAUAACAACAACAACAAAAACAACAGCCAGGGCACAGACGAACAAAAACACAGAAUAAUGACAACAACAACAGCACAGACUAACAACAACAACAACAACAAAACAGCAACACACAACAGAAGCCAUAACACAGACGAACAGAAUACAGACUAAUGACAACAACAACAGCACAGACUAACAACAAAAACAAAAACAACAUUUGGAAUAUGAAUCGACUCCCGCUAUAUUAGUCUUGAGGUCAAAUGAUUAAUUACGUCAUUUGCAUUAGUGACUCAUUAACGGACAACUCGUAAACAGAUUUUGACGUCAUUUAAGCCAAAGAGGAACUUGAUCUAAAUGGCAAAAAUCCGUCAGUAAUUAAUUAUCGUUUCACACCGAAUGAACUUUGGAAAAUGGAACUUCUCUACAACAGUGAACUAUUUUUUGGAGCUUGUGAGCAAAGGGUAAACAAAUUUGCAUCGUUCAUCUUUUUACGGAACUUCAAGGAACUUUACAGAGCCUUAAGGACUUGUGUUCCAGUAAGUUCAGUAUCCUUCCUUCCUUCCUUCCUUCCUUCUUUCCUUCCUUCCCUUAGGCUAUCUGAGCCCUUCCCAAGGUUUGUCGUUUCUCUUCUUUCAUCCUCAUCCGUUCACCAUACAUCAGACACCCUACCCAAUCUGACACCAUUGUUUACGUCCAUCUGACACCCCCACCACAGUGUUACCCCCGUCUGACAACUCCUUUCACUACCAUUUUGACACCACCACUCAACCUUCUCUGACACCCUCACCACUUACCCCCAUCUGACUCCUCUACCACUUACCCCUCUCUGACACCACCACUUACCCCCAUCUGACACUACCACCAUCACUGCAACAUGUCAACUCAGAUAAUAACUCACCAUCUAUGUGUAAACUUCAUUGAGGAAUAGACCAGUGUCAUCUCCAGAACACAUAUGUAUGCUAGUUUAGUGGUGAGUGAUGGGUGUUACAGUACUAAGGGGGGGGGGGAUGGUAGACACGUAACACAGACCCAACACGAACCAUCAGGGAGAGAGAGGUGGGAGGGAGGGAGACCGAGUUAAGGUGUCACUGUAGUGUUCGCGAGUUAGCCUGGGAGAUAUUAUACCACCCUAUAGGACGCCGCCACGACAGCAUCCUCAAGGUCUUCAAACAGACUAAGAUUCUUCCUUCGAUCUCGUAAUUCUUCUUAACCCGUCUCCAAGCAUAACACGACCAAUUGCUAUAGACGGAAUUUGUUUAAAAGCAAGAAUUACUGUAGAGGUGAAUAACUAGACGGAAUUACAUGAUCUUUAGGGGUGAUAAUUCGGUUUGGUACCCAGAGACGGUGUUACCACAAGGGACAACCUACCAAUUGUGAUACCCUGUGUUGAUUGGUGCCAGGGCUGGACCAAGUGCCAUGCUACUUCAGUGUUACCACCAUCUACCACGAUCCAACGCUGGCACUUCAACAACCCUCUCACUACUUCCAUUACUACCACCACCACUACUAUCUGUGUCAAGUUCCCUCGCUCACUCUUCCUCUCUCAUUAUCUGCUCAAGUAUCGCCUUCACACCCCCUCCACUGUGAUCAACCUAGCCGUCGUUUCCCCACACCCUUAUUCAUCAUCUCCCACCUGACCACCCACCCACCGUCUUCCUCUUCACUUCAUGACCAACUAUCUACAAUCCUCUUAUCCCAAACUAUGUUAAACCUCGCCAGUACCUCCUCCUCCAGUGUUCAUCCUUGAAAAUAAACAAAAAAUAAUACAACAACACAAGCCCAUUUAGACUCCAAAGAUAUGUAGACUCUUAUUGGUUAUGACACUGAUGUUGACAUUUGACAGUGACGUUGAAAUGACAGAUAUGGCCGGUGAUGCGACAGGUACUGACAGACUGUUUACCCCAAGAACCCUCAAAUUACUGGCUGGAAGAUCGUCCUCAAUUACUUGCCACAUGAACCUUCACAGCUGCUGGAGUAAUGUGUUCUGGUCUCUAAAUCAUCGUUUUAUGCUUGAUAAUCUAAAUAACACACGUGUUGAAUAUACAAUCAUUAUUAACUAUACAUAAUAUUUAUGUCUCAGAGAAUCUGAUUGAGUGUGUAAGUAUAAACUGUACAUUAGGAGAAGAAGUAUAAUAUGCAACGCCAUUACCUUAUCACUUUUGUGUGUUUAUUUUGGCGCCGCUGCUAGUGUAUGACACGAGGCUGGCGUGUGAUACGCCUGGCAACGCUGGGUAUGUUGAUAACCUGGCAGCUCACUGUACGACAAUACAACGUCUUUGAGGCCGCCAGUGUAUCAGAUAUUUGCAAUAAAAA